AUGAAGCUGGGACUGGAUUGUAUGUGCCAGCCGGCCUGCUGGCCUCUGGGAAGCGUGUUGGACUCCAGACAUUGCGUCUUUGCACUUACAGUCCUCACACUCCUCAUGCAGGUGGUGGUGGAGGCCAAUUCAUGGUGGUCUUUAGCGAUGAACCAGCUGCUGAUCCCAGAGGCCUACAUCAUUGGUGCCCAGCCUCUGUGCAGCCAGUUGGCAGGUCUCUCACAGGGCCAGAAGAAGCUGUGCCAGCUCUACCAGGACCACAUGCAGUACAUUGGUGAAGGUGCUAAGACGGGCAUCAGAGAAUGCCAGUACCAGUUCAGACAUCGGCGUUGGAACUGUAGCACAGUGGACAACUCUUCUGUCUUUGGACGGGUCAUGCAAAUAGGCAGCCGUGAGACAGCCUUCACCUACGCCAUCAGCGCCGCCGGGGUUGUCAACGCAGUGAGCCGUGCCUGCAGAGAGGGGGAGCUGUCCAGCUGUGGGUGCAGCCGUGCUGCCCGGCCCAAAGACCUGCCCCGAGAUUGGCUGUGGGGCGGUUGCGGAGAUAACCUCAACUAUGGCUACAGGUUCUCUAAGGAGUUUGUGGAUGCUCGUGAGCGGGAGAAGAGCUACCCCAAAGGCACACAAGACAGUGCAAGGCUUAUGAUGAAUCUUCAUAAUAAUGAGGCUGGAAGAAGAACUGUGUCUGACCUUGCCCACGUGUCCUGUAAGUGCCACGGAGUGUCGGGCUCAUGUAGCCUCAAGACCUGCUGGCUGCAGCUGGCCGACUUCCGCAAGGUGGGUGACGCGUUGAAGGAAAAGUACGACAGCGCCGCAGCCAUGAAGCUCAACUCACGCGGAAAGCUGGUGCAGAUGAACAACAAGUUCAAUCCCCCGACAAGCCAUGACCUUGUGUACAUCGAGUCCAGUCCAGACUACUGCCUUAGGAACCAAAGUACCGGCUCCCUGGGAACAGUGGGGCGUCUUUGCAACAAGACCUCAGAGGGUAUGGAUGGGUGCGAGCUAAUGUGCUGCGGUCGUGGCUAUGACCAGUUCAAGGCUCAGUUAGUGGAGCGCUGUCACUGCAAGUUCCACUGGUGCUGCUACGUCAAAUGCAAGCGCUGCACCAAAAUUGUAGACCAAUUUGUCUGCAAGUAA